GCGACCCCAGUCUGUGGAUUCACUUUUUAGCGCUAUUCCUGAGAAGGUUUUGCCUCUUUUGCUGGAAAAAAUUGGCAUCAAAACGACCGUCUUUCAGAAUACGGUCAUAAAACUGUCGCUCCUUGAUUGUGGACAUGCGAUGUUCCGGGCACGGCCUCUGUCUUUUACUCCCAAUGGAAUUUAUUUCCUACCCUCGUCAUUCUCCAUGAUACUGUAUACGACCUUGCCGUGGCUUAAAUUUGUCCUCAUAUAGAGGCUGCGUUUCGUCCAUGCUUCCUUGUGCCUCUACAGGACAUGUCUACUUCGAGGCGCAAGGACGGUCAUGAGCCACAGUCCCCCGCUUCCUCCUCUUCCUCCAUGGACGAGGAGGAUGUAAACUGUCGCGUAUCUCCACACUGGCCCGACUAUCGUAACCUGCUGCUCUCCAAAGGAUUUCGCUUGGACACCGUUCGAGACGUUAAACAAUAUUACCAUGAUCACUUUGCGGACGGAGUAAACCGACUUCCGUCCUUGACGAAGGCGCGUUUAGCACAUGGUGAUGAUGCUCUCUGUCCGGAUGCCGGACUGCCCGAUAAUCUGUUUCGAGGAACAUGCAUUCGAAACGGUGCAAAAGUUAUUAUCAAAGCUGUACACUGCGGAAGCCGUGAACUAGAGGUGAUACGGUUUCUUUCGACGUCCCCAAUCCGAGAGCAUCAGAUGAACCACUGCAUACCCGUCCUUGAUCUGGUGGUCGUACCUGACGAUGACCUGGCCUUCAUUGUAAUGGAAGAAUGGUCUUCACAAUUGAUUACAGAUGGAGGGCCAUGCUGCUUGGGACUUUUCCUCGGAGCGCUACGGCAAUGCAUCGAGCACGCCGCCUUCAUGCACAUGCAUCGAAUUGCUCACCUCGACAUCUCCCUACGAAAUCUGGUCACGGAUUAUAACGGCCGCUAUGCAUGCAUUGACUAUGAGCUGAGCCGGAGAUUGGGGCUGGGGCAGCGUGCAUCUUUUGUCGGGUUUCGAGCCACAGAAGUUCCUCCGGAAUGCGAAAAUGGUGAAUGCCGCGAUCCAUUCAAGGUGGAUGUAUGGGCCCUGGCGGUGCUAAUGCUCCGGGCAUGUAAAAUGUGCGGAUACUGCGUCCCAGAACUACUUGAGAUCAUCAAGCCCAUGCUGAACGAAAAUCCAGACGACCGACCAACCGCUCUCGCAAUCUUGAAGGCAUUUGACAGGAUGGUACCGUUGAUUGGAGACCAUCGACUGCAAAACCGCUGA